CUAACUUGAACACAUGCUGGACCUUCCAUGCUGGCUGUCAUAAACAAGGAUGCAUGGUCCAAAUCGGCGGUAAAUCUUGCCGAGUAUGGAAUCCGGGAUUAUGGAAGUGGACCUCUCCUUCAUACCCGAUUCUGCAAAGUUCUUCCUUAUAACUUUAUGGGAGGGAUCUACAGCGCGGUUGCGCAAAUCCUCCUCGCUGGGACCCGUGUCCCUUACGACCGCGAGCAGACAUCGCUUGGCGACCAAGGACUCCACCAUCCCAAGUUCAUCGACCAAGGGAUGCGCAUGGAAGUGUCCAUGCUCGGUCGUGAGUUUACCGACUUCGUCAAGAUGGGCAAGAACCUCGAGGGCCAACUCUACUUCAACGCAUUCGACAGCUUGGAGCAGCGGGAUGAGGUGUCGUACUACAUCGAACGCUACAUCGCCCCGCUCGAACGCUCUGCGCAUGUGUGGAUCCGGUUCUUCACCGAAGAUAUCGACCAGUGCCAUGCAGAGUUCUUUGGCCCCGAUCCGGACAACACCGCCGAGUCGACCGGAAUGGACAGGAUCACUCGCAGCGGCACCUGGGACCGCCUCGACGUCGGCAGUGUUCCAGGCGAAGUGCGCAAACUAGCGGACGUGCACUCCUUGAGAUUCACGCUCCGGACGCUGAAUGUGCGCGCAAUCAUCCCCGUGCCCGAUGACAAUCCCCUCGCGCACCAAUCCGUCAAUUACGCAGGCGGGACGUUCUACUUCACUGACCUCAAGGCUGUCUUCAGCGGCGCUUACGCUGCGUACGACGAUCGGCGCAUUGUGUUCUACAAAGACCGGAGCUCGUCCCACAUCGUUGGAUAUUUUAUCCCCUAUGAAAUGCCUGGAAACGAUCUCGCGUCGCUGAGAACCCUGCACUUCCAGCAGAUCUCAUGGGAAAACAUCCAGUAAAUCGAAUAGCAGCGGGUCGAGUAGUUUGGCGUAACGA